GAACAGUCCGGCUGCCAGAACAAACCACUCAGAGUUUCCCUUUUGGUGUCGAGUCCACGUAUGCCACUGCAUCAUCCAUGCAUAUCAUGGCUUCUCCUCCAAAUCCAUCUUAGUCUUCUCAGGCUAAGAAGCUUGUUUGUCCGUCAAAGCACCCGCCACUUAUAAUCCUUGACUCCAGGUCGAGCGCCAAUUGACGUCUGAUAAAGAACUUUUGCCGAGGUACAGUCUGUUGUCUUGGUAUCUCCAACUGCGAUUCCAUAUCCACGGUUCAAAGAAAUGCGAGGGAGCAGUUCUACAACUUCAAACUACUGUGUUCUGCCUUGUUCCUUUGUGAGAUUGAAGAAAGAGUAGCAGGUAACAUUGUCCUACCAUUCACGAUGACACACGAAAUGGACUUCAUGUCCAGGUUCAUCACCUCCCACCGAGUCCCCGAAGAUGCCCGCAACCAUUUCGCGUCCAUCGAAUGGACGAACAAACACCUCUCGAAUCCUCUCUAUACAGCGAUCCCUACCUUCUCGCGCGAAUUGAAAGAAUCUGGCGAAGAUUACUUUUUCUCGCGAACCGUCAGCUCCCCCUCCACAAUCCCUCAUCUGGUCACUUUGCAGCUGAAAGAGUUCCCCGUCCCCAGAGAAAGUCCACGGGGAACAUUGAAGACCGGACAAAACCAUACAAAGGUCACAGAAGUACCAGAGAACCCAGAUUGUAUAAUGCUGUUGACACUGGGUCGACCCGGUCUCGACGGCCACCCUUCAGUAAUCCAUGGCGGAAUGGCCUGCGCCAUUCUCGAUGAAAUGAUGGGGCUCUGCAUAAUGUUGCACCACCAACAUAUAUCCGGACCACGAGAUUCCUUGUUUACCGCGAAUUUGAACGUCACCUACCGCGCCCCCGUACCUACACCUAACGAUGUCCUCGUCAGGUGCUGGCUGGUCGGAAGAGAAGGUCGAAAGUGGUUAUCGAGAGGUCAAAUUGUCGACAAAGACGGACUGGUCAUGACUGAAGCAGAGGGUUUAUGGGUGUUGACCAAGAGACAAGACAAAUUAUAAUGUAUCGAAGAUUCGUCCUCUGCCCACCAUGGAUGUCACUGACGAGACUUGAGCUCGGCACCGAUGUGUUGAAAGUAUGAAAUUAUGGGACUCUUGGGGAUCCACCAACAUGCAAGCGAAGCGGGAACCAGCCACCGACCAAGGACAAACCCUGGAAGUCAUUUCAGGCUAUACCGGAUGAGACGGAACAAAGAGUCAAUCUAACAUGUGUCAAGACGGCGAUAAGCAAUUGGUGAAUCCGAAAUACUACACUGCAGAAGUUCUGGGAUAGACCAGGCAUAGCAUACAUAUACAGAUAGGUAGACGCGUGGCACGCUGCCAGUGCUACAAUAGAACAUAGACAAGAAGCCCUUCGACCAUAAGGUCCCCUUGAACAACACCAUGGGUUUUGAGGCUUCAACCCUGGGGUAGCAACAAGACGGCAAGAUAAAUUUAAUCUAUGAGUACAU